AUGGCGGCCUCAUCGACAUCAUCACAAGGACGACUCUUGCUUCCGGGUCAGCCAGUGUCCGUUGCAUCCACCUCAAAAUCGCAGCUCGAGCUCGGACUUGGCACAUAUGCUCGUGGAGACUACAUCCUGUCCUCCCUCGUAGGUUACGAAGCACGCGCGCCCUCCACAUCCUCAUCCUCUACCAACACAUCGAAGCCGAAAGCGCCUCAAUCAGAAACUGUAUCCAUCAGUGGCGUCGAGAACCGAUUCGUUGUGCCUCGUCCAGACUCGACCGUGAUAGCACGUGUCACCCGCGUCACUCCACGCCAAGCCUACCUCUCCAUCCUCAUCGUCGACGGACAACCGUGUGGAUCUUCCUCGUCCACCUCGUCCACUUUCGUCCAGUCCGGUCUUGGCAAUCAUGCAGCGGGCGAAGGAGAAGGCAUCGAUUUCCAAGGCGUAGUACGAUCGCAGGACGUCAGAAGCACCGAAAAGGACAAGGUCAAGUUGGCAGACUGCUUCCGACCGGGAGACAUUGUCAGAGCCACCGUCAUCAGUUUGGGUGAUGCGAGAAGUUAUUACCUUUCAACAGCGGGGAACAGUCUGGGCGUGAUCUACGCUUUGAGCGCUACGUCAGCUGGUGCAGGAGCGGGAGAAGGUGCAGUCAGUGGUGUGGGAGGCGCGGGAUGGAACGUACAUGGCAACCCGAUGGUUCCCAUCAGUUGGAAUCAGAUGAUUGACCCAGUCACGGGGACCGUGGAGAACCGAAAGUGCGCAAAACCUGACUCCAUCUGA